AUGCGCCUCUCGGGACCCAUCGGGUUGGCUGUGGCGCUCGCGGCCGCCAGCGCCCAGGCGUGCCUCGAGAUCAACGGCUGGUUCCUCUCAGGGAUCUACUCCGGACAGAACAAGAAACCCUUCCGCGCAGUCGACAACGGGGGCCAGGCCGUCUGCGAGACGGACAACUGCAACUACCUGAACCGGUGUGAUCUGAACUGCAGGGGGAACGUCAACAACGCGUACGUCGUCAACAUGGAGAAGCUGUACUGGAACACGAACCACGGCAACUUCGUCGUCGACCUGAACCCAAAGGUCACCAACAGCUGCGAGAGGUGGUGCGGCUACGCGCUGGAGUACAAUAUCAACACGAGAGCGUUCUGCUAA